AAACCCACAAAACAAAACUCUCCCUUUCCUUAAGAAACUUUUUGUUCUUGCUUUGGGGUCUCCUUGAGAAGAAGGGAAGAAGAAGAAGACCCCACCACUCUCUUCUAUUCUUCCCAAAUUCAAGGACCUAAACUCCAUUUUCCUUGAUCCUUCUCAAGGGUUUUUCUUUUCACAUUCCACGCUUCUUUCUAUUUGACUUUCAAAUCGCGUGCGCUUUCUCUCUCUCUAUAAUUCCAUUUUCUGCAAAUGUCAAUCAUCUCAACUCCUCGCUUUCCUUUUCGUUUUUGAAUCUUUCAUCUUUUCCGUGCAACUCUUUACCUUAACACGCACCAAAAACUAAACAUGUUUUUUGUUCAAGUUUUGCACCGUGCGAAUUAUUAGAUCACACACUUCGCACAAGCAUCAACACCUCUUUCCUUCAAUUCAGCCUCCAAGAGGGGGAACUUUACUAUGAAUUUGUAGCGAUUUGAUUUUGAGUGAAUGGGUUGGCUUAGCAGAAUUUUUAAGGGCUCCGACCAGAAGAUUUCGGAAGGGCAUUGCUAUAAAGAGGAUGCGGAUUAUUAUUUGCCGUCGACUUCAGGGGAUGCUUGGAACCAGAACCAGAACGAGAAUGAAGAUAUAGAUCGUGCUAUUGCACUGUCUCUGGUGGAAGAGAGUCAGAAAGCAAACAAUGUAAAUGAUUACAGAUCACAAUUAGAAGAAGAUGAACAACUUGCCAGAGCUAUAGAAGAAAGUCUAAAUGUGGAGUCUCCUCCCAGAUAUGGAAAUGAAAAUAUGUAUCAACCACCUCAGUAUUUCCCCAUGGGGUCCAGGAUUUGUGCUGGAUGCUAUGCUGAGAUUGGUUAUGGACGAUAUCUAAAUUGCUUGAAUGCAUUCUGGCAUCCUGAAUGCUUUCGCUGCCGUGCUUGCAACCUACCAAUCUCUGAUUAUGAGUUCUCCACCUCUGGGAAUUACCCUUACCAUAAAGCAUGCUAUAAGGAAAGCUACCAUCCGAAAUGUGAUGUCUGCAAGCACUUUAUUCCAACAAAUCCUGCUGGUCUUAUUGAAUAUAGGGCACAUCCCUUCUGGAUCCAGAAAUAUUGCCCUUCUCAUGAACAUGAUGGUACUCCACGCUGUUGCAGCUGUGAGCGAAUGGAGUCACAAGAGGCAGGAUAUAUUCCUCUUAAGGAUGGCCGGAAGCUCUGCUUAGAGUGUCUGGAUUCUGCUAUCAUGGAUACUAAUGAUUGCCAACCCCUUUAUGCUGAUAUACAACGAUUUUAUGAAAGCCUAAAUAUGAAACUGGAUCAGCAAGUUCCACUACUAUUGGUUGAAAGACAAGCUCUGAAUGAAGCAAGAGAGGGAGAGAAGAAUGGCCAUUAUCACAUGCCGGAAACCAGAGGGCUCUGCCUCUCAGAGGAGCUCAGCAAUAUCUCGAGACGACCUAGACUUGGGGCAGGAAAUGGAGCUAUGGACAUGAUAGCACAGCCAUACAGACUGACUUCACGCUGUGAUGUGACAGCAAUUCUCAUUUUAUACGGUCUUCCAAGGUUGCUUACUGGUUCGAUCCUAGCUCAUGAGAUGAUGCAUGCAUGGCUGCGGCUUAAAGGUUAUCGAACUCUAAGUCAGGAUGUUGAAGAAGGAAUCUGUCAGGUUUUGGCUCAUAUGUGGUUGGAGUCUGAACUUUCUUCUGCUUCAGGCAGCAACUUUGUAUCAACGUCAUCCUCAUCUGCAUCACACACAUCUAGGAAAGGUAAAAGACCUCCGUUUGAGAGGAAGCUUGGGGAGUUCUUCAAGCAUCAGAUUGAAUCAGACAUUUCCCCUGUUUAUGGAGGUGGCUUUAGGGCGGGUCAAAAAGCAGUGCGUCAGUUUGGUCUACAAAGGACCCUUCACCAUAUCAGGAUGACGGGGAGUUUUCCAUAUUAAGUACAGAGAUACCCCAUUUAACAGAUUGUUUCUCAUUCUUUCUAGGUAUAAAGCCCGGCCUGUUGUUAUUAGAAACCGAGGCCAAGGUGAUUUUUUGUACUUGUAAUUAUUGAUACCGUUGCGGAUAUAUUGAUUACAUUCAUAUGUUUUUUUGUUUUUCAAUUUAUCACACUGCUACUUUUUGGCUUUA